CAAAAGGCUAAAUCAAGAACCAAAAAGUACAGACUCAAACAAGAAGUAAACUAUGAUAGGAACAUCAUGCUUAUCAGCUCAACAAUCCUUAAAGCCAAGCGAGAUAAAUAUUCAAACUCUGAAUGGAAUUCAACAGCUAGCUGAAACUCGUAAAUUCAAGGCAUGGUUUCUGGAUCAGUUUGGAGUGCUUCAUGAUGGGAAACAACCUUAUCCUGGUGCCAUUUCGACAUUGGAAAAGUUGGGAACUUAUGGUGCAAAGAUGGUAAUCAUUAGUAAUUCAUCAAGAAGAGCAUAUACGACCCUGGAAAAGUUGACAAGCCUUGGAUUUGAUCCAUCACUCUUUGCUGGUAUCGUCACCAGUGGGGAAUUAACACAUCAGUGUCUUCUAAGGAGAGACGACGAGUGGUUUGCCUCUUUACGAAGAUCAUGCAUUCACAUGACAUGGAGCGACAAGGGUGCUAUCUCUCUCGAGGGCUUGGGACUAGAAGUUGUGGAAAAUGUUGAGGAAGCCGAUUUUAUUUUAGCUCACGGAACUGAUGCAUUGGGGCUUUCUUCUGGUGACACAUUUGCCAUGAAUCUUGAUGACCUUGAGAAGAUACUGGAGCAGUGUGCUGCUAAAAAAAUUCCCAUGGUGGUAGCAAAUCCUGAUUUUGUAACUAUAGAGCCUGGGAAUCUACGUGCUAUGCCCGGAACAUUGGCAGCCACAUAUGAAAAACUUGGCGGUGAAGUAAAAUGGAUGGGUAAACCUCAUAAGAUAAUAUACAAGUCAGCUAUGAAAAUGGUUGGCUUGGAUUCCCCUGAUUCAUGUAUUGCCUUUGGAGACUCAUUGCACCAUGAUAUCAAAGGUGCAAAUGCAGCUGGAAUUGCAUCUGCAUUUAUCACGUCAUGUGGAGUCCAUGCUACUGAACUCAGACUUAAUCAAUUUGGACAAGUUGCAGGUGAUGAUUCUGUACGUGCUCUUGCCUUGAAGUACGAUGCAUAUCCUACAUAUUUUCUCCCUUCAUUUACCUGGUGAAUUGAGAAUUCGGAGGGUUGUCACAUAUUAUUGUAUUGUAUUGUUUUGUUACUCUAAUUAUAAUGUUUGUUUCUAUUGUUAUUUACAUAAUAUAGUACUCAUUCUAUUGUUAUGUCUGUUGUUGCAUAACAUUCAAAUCCUGGAUCGCAAUUUCAGUUAACCAUAUAUUUUA